GAGUAAGAAUUUAAGGUGAUCGGUAGAACUAAUUUAGCUAGCCAUAUUAGGCUUGACAUCCAGAAGUUGUUAAUUAUGGGAGAACAUAUCAAUGUCACAUCCGGCCAUUUGAUAAAAACAAUGAUGCCGUUCGAGGCCGAGCAAUGUCCUGACAGAUUUUCUGGAUUUUACAAUGUUAACAUACAUGCUCCAACAAUGGUAUAAAUAUGGAAGCCAUAGACUAAGAAAUUCCCAGCAAAAGUUUCAUAAACAAAAAUGGAGUCUUUCAGAGGUGUUCCUCUUCUCUUCUUGUUGAUGCUGUUCUUGUUUCAGACAUGUUCAAUCUCUGCCCAGAAAUCUACCUACAUUGUCCACAUGGACAAGUCACAUAUGCCACUCGCGUUUUCCACCCACGACCAGUGGUAUUCUUCCAUUGUUAAUUCUGUAGUAGUUUCCGACAGUAGCCAGGCAAGGCUGCUCUACACGUACGAUAAUGUUGUUCAUGGCUUCAGUGUUGUCCUGUCUGAGGAUGAACUUGAAGCUCUCAAGAAAUCUCCAGGAUAUGUCUCGGCUUACAAGGAUAAAUCGACCGCCCUGGAUACCACACAUACCUUUGAGUUCCUGUCUCUGAAUCCCACAACUGGGCUUUGGCCGGCGUCUCAGUUUGGGAAAGAUGUGAUCAUUGGAAUGAUUGAUACCGGAAUUUGGCCGGAAAGUCCGAGCUUCAGAGAUGAAGGCCUGACUGAAAUUCCGGAAAGGUGGAAGGGGACAUGCCAGACAGGGCCGGAUUUUAACUCUUCAUUGUGUAACAAAAAGCUCAUCGGAGCUCGUUACUUCUACAAAGGAGCCGGCGCCGGAAACUCAAGUAAUCUUAAUGGCUCUCCAAGGGAUGAUGCCGGCCAUGGCACCCACACCUCGUCCACCGCCGCCGGGAAUUACGUCGAAGACGUUUCGUACUUCGGCUACGCCAACGGAACCGCGAGAGGGAUGGCGCCGCUCGCUAGGUUGGCGAUGUAUAAGGUCGGAGACAGCGGAGGGAGCUUUGCUUCCGAUGUACUCGCCGGCAUUGACACGGCGGUUGCUGACGGCGUUGAUGUGAUAUCAAUUUCUCUAGGAUUUAACGGCGCUCCACUUUAUGAAGACCCCGUCGCCGUCGCCGCAUUUGGCGCCAUGGAAAAAGGAGUCCUCCUUUCUUCUUCAGCCGGAAAUGACGGCCCGGAUCUCGGAACAUUACAUAACGGAAUCCCGUGGGCCCUGACAACCGCCGCCGGAUCCAUUGACCGUUUGUUGGCGGGAACGGUGUCUCUAGGAAACGGCGAGGAGAUUCUCGGCUGGACAACAUAUCAUGAUGGCGCCAUUAUCGAAAACCUUCCCCUCAUCUAUAACCAGACAAUAUCCUCUUGUAACUCAACCGAGCUCCUCUCCAAAUACGCUUACGGCAUAAUCAUUUGCGACAACGUUGGAUCAUUCUUCUCACAAAUGUCGUACAUCUCCGAAGCUCAGGCCAAGGCCGGAAUCUUCAUUUCCGACGAUCCUGGAAUAUUCGAGGAUUUCGGUUUCGAAUACCCCGGCGUCGUAAUCAGCCCAAAAGACGCACCGGCUCUGCUCAAUUACUCCCGGAACGGCGGCAAACCGUCGGCCAGCAUCAAGUUUCAACAGACGUACACCGGAAUACAGCCGGCGCCGGUGGUCUCAUCCUAUACAUCAAGAGGUCCGGCGCCGAGCAGUCCAGGAAUUCUAAAACCCGACAUAAUGUCGCCGGGAACACUGGUCUUAGCAUCCUGGAUUCCAUCUUCCGGUGAAUCAGGAAACGCGUACAACAUGAUCUCCGGAACAUCCAUGGCGUGCCCUCAUUCUUCCGGGAUCGCCGCGCUCUUAAAGGGCGCCCAUCCGGAAUGGUCCCCGGCGGCGAUUCGAUCCGCCAUGGUUACCACAGCAAACCCCCUGGAUAACUCCAACGCUCCAAUAAAAGACUCCGGUUUACAAUACGCCGGCGCUAAUCCUUUGGCCAUGGGAGCCGGACAAGUUGAUCCGAACCGUGCACUGAAUCCAGGACUUAUAUACGAUGUCGGGCGACAAGACUACAUAAAUCUUCUGUGCUCCAUGAACUUCACUAUCAACCAAAUCUUAACAAUCACGAAAUCCAACUACACCUGCGAAACCCCAUCUUCUGAUCUGAAUUACCCCUCCUUCAUUCUCUUGUAUUCUACCAACGGAAGUGCGCGGGGGGAGCAGGUGAACCAGGAGUUUGUGAGGACGGUGACAUACGUCGGAGAUGGGCCGGCGACCUUUAACAUUAGCGAACUGGUGAUGUGGGGGAAUUCGGAGAUGUAUGUCUCUCCUAGUUCUUUGUCGUUCAAGAACAAGUACGAGAAGAAGAACUACACUCUGGGUGUGAGCUAUACGCUGAACGUCACCGGCGAAGUUGGGUAUGGUUCUUUGGCUUGGCAAGAUGGGAGCGGUAGAUAUACCGUGAGGAGUCCCAUUGUGGUGGCGCCGCUGGUUGAGGUCUGGUGAUUAAGUGCCAUUAUAUUGCAUGCAAUAGUUAUAUGGUGGGUGUUUAUUAUUCAUCAGUACAAUAAAGUCUCCAUUCUCCAGGAAUGAUGUAGUUUGAGGUAGGUACAUCUUGUCUUGCAAAUUAAAAUAAGAUACAGAAAUGUAAGAUUUAUGCCGCCAUGCAUGCAUUUCUGUACAUGUUAUUCUUGGUGUACUUGCCAUUUCUGAAUUCAACAUUUCAUCAUCUUUAAUUUGCAACUUUUGACA